CAUCAUGGCGGCGCCCUGCGGCUCCUCGCAGCUCCCACCGGCCGAGCCACCGCUCCGCGUCCCCAAGAUGGAGGUGCUGUCGCCGGGCUCACCGGGCGCGCUCAGCGACGGCAACCCCAGCCUGUCCGACCCCUCUACGCCCAGCGGCGCCUCCCCGCUGGGCGCGGGGCCGGCGGCCGGCGGGGCCGCGCUGGGCGCCCGCGGCGGGGCCUCGCCCUCCGUCUCCUUCUCGCCCGGCGGCGCCGCCGCCGCCGCCGCGGCCGCCGCCUGCCGCGGGAUGUCCUGGACACCGGCGGAGACCAACGCGCUGAUCGCCGUGUGGGGCAAUGAGCGGCUGGUGGAGGCGCGGUACCAGCAGCUGGAGGGAGCGGGCACCGUGUUCGGCAGCAAAGCGCCCGGGCCCGCCAUGUACGAGCGCGUCUCCCGCGCCCUGGCCGAGCUGGGCUACGAGCGCACCCCGUCCCAGUGCCGGGAGCGCAUCAAGACCCUCCGCAGGUGCUACAGCCGCGUGAAGGAGCACGGCGUUGGCAAGAGGAAAAGCAGCUACACAUUUGAGCAGCUGGAGCAGGUGUUUGGGCAGGGAGGAUGGGACUCCCAGCCCUGCCAGCCCGUCCUCAUCAACAGCAGUGGCUUGUACCAGGAGCUGGAGUCGGAUGGCAGCACGAUGGAGGAAUACUCUCAGGAGGACUGGGGAAACCACAGUCAGGAUCUUCACUGCUACCAGACCGGCGAGCAGGAGUUGGAUGAAAUGCCUACCACGAAAAGAACAUUAAAGAUAAAACAGGAAUCUUCAGAAGACACGCAGAAGCGUGACGUCAUGCAGAACAUUAUGCAAAUCUUGGAGUCGGUCCAGUUGAAGUGGGAGCUGUUUCAGAGCUGGACGGACUUCUCCAGGCUCCACCUUUCUAACAAACUGGCCAUUUUUGGCAUUGGGUACAACACCCGCUGGAAGGAGGAUAUCCGUUACCACUACGCAGAGAUCAGCUCCCAGGUGCCCCUGGGCAAGCGGCUCCGGGAAUAUUUCAACUCGGAAAAACCGGAGGGUCGGGUGAUCAUGACCCGAGUACAGAAAAUGAACUGGAAAAAUGUUUAUUACAAAUUCCUGGAGAUCACCAUCAGUGAAGCCAGAUGCUUGGAGCUGCACAUGGAGAUCGACUGGAUUCCCAUCGCUCACUCCAAACCCACCGGAGGGAACGUGGUGCAGUAUUUAUUACCAGGAGGGAUCCCAAAAAGCCCUGGCCUGUACGCCAUUGGAUAUGAGGAGUGCCAUGAGAAGCUCCCCUCCCCUCUGGCCGAGCACCGGGCACCCGACCCCGGCAAUGAGACUCCAGGGGAGCUCGAGGUCCCCUCUCCACAGGCCUCCCUUCGGGUGGAUAUGGAAUCUGCCCGGAUUAUCUACUGUUACCUCGGCAUCGCCGAGGUCCGGACUCUCCAGCAGUGCCUGUUUUUACACUUUCAGGCAAACACCAAAACCUUCAGCAAAGAUUGGGUCGGGAUCAACGCCUUUUUAUCUCAGAACUGCGUCGUAGAGCCCGGUGUCUCACCCAAAUCCAUCUACAUCAAAUUUGUGGAAGUGGAGAGGGAUUUUCUGUCUGCCGGCUCUUUGGUAGAGUGCCUGGAAAAAGCCAUCGGGUACCCCUUAAAAUUUAACAACUGAGUCUCGUCCUUCAUAAGGAUCAGGGCUUUCCGCCCCAUUGUCCAUCUCACUCGGAUCCUGUCCGUUCCCAUCGGGGCACAGGGACUUUUCCGCCUGGCAGCGCCUGGGGGCCGCGCGGAGCUCGGGCGCUCCCCACCCGCCGGGGCUGCGGCCGGAGCGGCGGGGCCGGGAGCAGGGCCGGCCCGCGGGACGACUGUCGGUACAUUCCACAUGGGACAGGCUCGUGCACACGGCGUUGUCAUACCAGAACUGAGGGUUUGGUCUUUCCUUUAUUCCACGGUGUCUCAUUUGGAUGCAUCCGUCUCUAAGUGUUACUCUGGAUCUGACUCAAUAAGCAAUAGAUAACGGCGAGGGAAACCCCAACUCCCGGCCCGGGGACUGUUUUUCAAAGCCACCCUUAGAUAUCUUGUAUAUAAUUUAGAACUUCACUUUUUUCACCAUCGAGUGUUCUCCUCUCUCCAAACAGUGUUGCCUGCAAAGACUUUGGGUUCCGUGACGUAUUCCACAUCCUUAGUAGCGUUGCCAUAUCUGCUUUUAUUUUAUUUUAUUUUAUUUUAUUUUUAUAACAUUAAAAUAAUUCCUGGCUUUUUUAUUUUUUUCUUUUUUUUUCCCUCAUUAUUUUUCCCUAUUUUUCUCUUUACUGUCUUUUUUAAUCUUUUUUUUCUCUUAUUUCUCUCCUUUUUCUCCUCUUUUUCUUUUUUCUCUAUUCCUCUUUUUUUCUUUUUUUAUCUUCUUUUUAUCUUGUCAUUUUUGUUUGUUUUUUAAAAUUUAAUUUCUUUAUAAUUUUCCUUUUUUUUCCUUUUGCUUCUUUUCAUUUAGUUUUUUUUUAUUAUUUCUAUUUUCACUUUUUACCCUUUUUUUGUCUUUUCUUCUUCUCCUUUCAGUUUCCUUUUUUCCUUUUCUUUUUUUUUUUUUUAAUCGAGUUCCAAAACUCUCUGUGAGAACAACCUGGCAGCUGGGAAAAAACAAUGAUUAUUUUUAUUUGUUUUGUUGUCGACCCAUUGCUUAUGGAUACAAUCAAAGCUGUGAGAAGGGGAAG